AGUUUCACUUCUGUUUUUCGCCUGUUGAGGUGGAACAAGAGCUGCUGCUGCAUGCGAGUAGAAAGCCACUGAAUGAGCAGCAGGGUUUUUACACACUUUUACCUCCGUCAGUACGGUUGAAUGAUGAGGAAGGAGAGUAUAUCACUAAGGUGAAGUAUGGCACUGAGUAGCUGUCAAGCUCCUAUGUUGGUGGAAGACUCCAGCUUGGAGGGUUGGAAGGUGAUUGGCUCCGGGGGUUUCGGACAAAUCUACAAAGCCAGGCAUCGUCAGUGGGGCUGUGAUGUGGCCAUUAAACUGCUUCAUUAUGAUGACGGGACCAGUGCGUCUUUGCUGCGUGAGCUCGACAUGAUGCGCCGAGGAAGCAGCCCGUAUGCUAUUCAGGUCCGAGGGGUCUUCAGGGGUCGAGUGCCCUCCUCUGGCUCGUCAACACAGCUCGGUCUGGUCAUGGAGUUAAUGGAAAGAGGAUCACUGGCCUCCCUACAGGAAACCUUAUGUGGAGCGCCGCCCUGGCCAUUGGUCUUCAGACUGGCACACCAAGUGGCUCUGGGCUUAAACUACCUCCACAGUCUGUCCCCUCCCAUGCUCCACCUGGACCUGAAGCCCAGCAACGUGCUGCUGGAUUUCUAUCUCAAUGCCAAGCUUACAGACUUUGGCCUUGCCCGGUAUUACCGUAGCGUCACGCGGGUUUCCAAGAAGGACAGUGGAGAGGAAGGAGGGACGAUCAGCUACAUGCCACCAGAGGCGUUCCAAGUCUCGUACAGUCCAACCCUAGCCUCUGACAUCUACAGUUAUGGUAUACUCUUAUGGGCCAUUGUCACAGGGAAACAACCAUAUGCACAUGCAAAGUCCAGCUUAGUGCGGCUUCGCAUCCCUGAGGGAGACCGUCCAUUGCUGGACGAGAUCAGGGUCCAGGCUGCGGGGCGUGCAGGGUUGACAGGACUGAUGGAGCUCAUGGAGAGAUGCUGGGACACCAGACCCGAGCAAAGGCCCUCCUCCCUUGAGUGUACAACUGAGACAGAAGAACUGUAUAAGAUACACAAACAUGCAAUUAAUGAUGCUGUCCAUCAAGUGCUGAAGAAACUGGACCAAAUGGAAGAAGAAACAAUGAUUGAGCAGAUUGGGAGGGUUCAUAUCACUCAGGCUGCAGAGGGUGAACGUUUUGAAGCAAUGAACGUUGAUAACACACCCACAGGCGGCCCACCAAUUCAGGAAAUGGCUGGCGGUUGCACUGCAAAUCAAACAGACAAUGCAAGAGUUAAAGAUAAAUGUCAUUCGUUUCAGAUCUGCCUUCAUUUGGACCUGCAAGCACGUGUUAUAAGUCCUCUGUUUGCCCCAUUGGAUCGCCAUUGCCGUCUUCUUCGACUUGGAGGUCAACUGAAAGCAGCACAGCAAAACCUCCCCAGUCGUCUUUUAGACCAAAUCUGUCUUCACAGUACCACCGUCAGUUUUCCAGCCCCGACACUUUCCAAAUUCACCUCUGCAACGUAACCGGAUUUCAGCAUGGCAACAACAACACCAUGCACAUCCAAGUUAUGGACACCUCAGAUAGGAAACGGCACCCAACAGCACCAUCCAGAGUCGACCUCCCGCCGCCACAUCCAGGAAGCUGGAAGGACAAAACAGGAGGGGUCGGCUGAGCUCACAUGGAGCUUUUCGAUUUCAAGUCUUGCACAACAGGAAGCUCAUGUUUUGCGGCUCCGUGUGCGAAAGUGUUACUGCAUUUAAAUUUGCUUUUCAAAUCUGGAUAGGAUUAAGAUGUGGUUUUAGUAGAUUGCGUGCUUUCAAAAGGGAUUGGGAAAAAGGGUUAAGGUAUUUUUUAAACUUAUUUAUUUUGCUUCUUUUGUUAGAAUAGGUUAAACCAAUGAGCAAACACCUCACAGCUCUCUUUUGCUGUGUCAGCAGUAUAAAUAUGGGCCAAGUCAUAUGGUCAUAGGUCAUAUGGUUUUGCUUUUCCACCAACCGUGGACAACAGAUAUCCACAGCACAGUGCCAGCUAACGACCAGGUGCCAAAAAUUGCCAUCAAGUCUUUAUUGUUUCUUUAUUAUUUUAACAUUACAUAUUGAUCAUCUGUAUAUAUAGAUAUUUUUGCAAAUAUUAUGUCUUUUGUACUAGUUUUGUCUUUCAUAUUUAUAUUUUAUAUGCGUCCUUUUGUGGCUAUAUUUUUACAAACUUAUGAAAAUGUUCCAACCCAAACAACUUCAUUAACCAUUUCAUAUAUGUUUUUUUUAAAUGAUUGAAAAAAAAAAAAAAAAAAAUAGCAAACAUGAAGUUGAAUUUUAACAGAAGUGUGUACAUAAUGCCCCCCAGAAUUUUGCAGUUGAUGGAUCAGUGCUUCCAAUAAAAAAAUUGGCAUCUUGAA